CCCUGAGGUGUUGGGCCCGAGGUGUGGGCAGUUAGGUUUCCUUCGUUCUCCGCCGGUGCAGGGUCGCGUUCAAAGCCUCCAGAAGCGUCUCGGCCCGUUUUGAGGAGAGGGGGCGGGGAGGGGCUUGCAGCCCCGCCCCCUUCUCCGGCUAGCCUGCUAGCGCACUGGCCCGCCUACUCCCUCCGCUGGCCCUGGGGCCGCGUCCCCCAGGCAACUCAGCGGAGGCCUGAGCUUCUGCCGGCAGGUGUCGGCACCGAGGUCCCCAGACACAGCCCGGUUCGUCCCCAUGGUGGGUUUCGGGGCCAACCGGCGGGGUGGCCGCCUGCCCUCCUUCGUGUUGGUGGUGCUGCUGAUAGUGAUCGCGAUCCUCGCCUUCAACUACUGGAGCAUCUCCUCCCGCCACGUCCUGCUUCAGGAGGAGGUGGCCGAGCUGCAGGGCCAGGUCCAGCGUACCGAAGUAGCCCGCGGGCGCCUGGAGAAGCGCAAUUCGGACCUCUUGCUCUUGGUGGACUCGCACAAGAAGCAGAUUGACCAGAAGGAGGCCGAUUACGGCCGUCUCAGCAGCCGACUGCAGGCCAGGGAGGGCCUAGGGAAGAGAUGCGAAGAUGACAAGGUUAAACUACAGACCAACAUAUCAUAUCAGAUGGCAGACAUUCAUCAUUUAAAGGAGCAACUUGCUGAGCUUCGUCAGGAGUUUCUUCGACAAGAAGACCAGCUUCAGGACUAUAGGAAGAACAAUACUUACCUUGUAAAGAGGUUAGAAUAUGAGAGUUUUCAGUGUGGACAACAAAUCAAGGAAUUAAGAGCACAGCAUGAAGAAAAAAUAAAAAAAUUAGCAGACCAGUUUUUGCAGGAACAAAAGCAAGAGGCCCACAAGUUUGAAUUAAAAGGUGGAAAUGAAUUGGGUGCAAACAAUCAUGAAGUAUCUAAAAAUGUUCCAAAAGUACCUGAGAAUGCUGCAGAUAAGAAUGAAGACCCCUCAAGCAAUCAUAUUCAACAGGGGAAAGAACAAAUCAAACCAGGUGGUGAUGCAGGAAUGCCUGGAAUAGAAGAAAAUGACCUUGCAAAAGUUGAAGACCUUCCAACUGUUUUGAAGAAGCCCCCAGUUUCUGUUUCUCAAUAUGGAAAUCAUCAAGCAAUCUCCCAUCAUGCAACUGGACAACCCCUCUCCCCAAAUAUCGUUCCAGAUUCUCAUAUAAAUCACAAUGGAAACCCUGGAACUUCAAAACAGAACCCUCCCAGUCUUCUUCAGCGUUUAAUUCCAGGCCCAAACUUGGAAAGUGAGCCCAGAAUUCAAACAGUUAUACUAAAGCAAGCUACCAAGGAUAGAGUUGGUGAUUUCCAUAAGUUGAAACAAAGCCGAUUCUUUGAUGAGAAUGAAUCCCCUGUUGAUCCGCAGCAUGGCUCUAAACUGGCGGAUUAUAAUGGGGAUGAUGGUAACGUAGGUGAGUAUGAGGCAGACAAGCAGGCUGAGCUGGCAUACAAUGAGGAAGAAGAUGGUGAUGGUGGAGAGGAAGACGUCCAAGAUGAUGAGGAACGAGAACUUCAAAUGGAUCCUGGAGACUAUGGAAAGCAACGUUUAAAUGAUGUCCUUUAAGUCCUAAAGGAGAACUUCAGAAAACCUAAAGUGCUGUAAAAUGGAAUGAUUUUUACUUUGUCUUUUUUGACUUGUUGUAAAGAUCAGUUGUAUCAGUUGUAAAGAUACAUUGAGAUAGAUUUAAGGAAAAAUUUUAAUGACGGAAUGUACCCAUGUACAUAUGUGAACUUUUUCAUAUUGUAUUAUUAAAGCAGAGACCUUUUUGGAUGAGCCAAAAAAAAAAAAAAAACCACGCAAAACUAGAGUCUUUGCAUUUAAAGCAAACUUAUGUAUGUUUUACAUUUUAUUGAGCCUAAUUCUUUACAUAAAUGGAGAAACAGGAAAAAAUGGUUGUACUGUUUAUAAGUUACACAUAAGAUAACCACAGUGAGAAGUUAUUCAGCUGAAAAACUUUUUAUAUACUAAUAUAUUCUUGUUAGCCCAACAGGUGUUCUCUUCUAUCUUACCCCUUAUCUCAUGCUCUUCCAGGAAUUAUACCUAGAAUAAUAGUUAAAUAAAAGAGGGGAACCUGGAAGCCAAACACUGGGUAGCAUGUGUGCAAAAUCACUUCCCUACUCCUUUUAUUUUACAUGAGUGUGGAUGUGUUUCUGCAGGUAAGCUGGCAGCCGAGGCCUGAUGAAGGUUGAAAUAACCUGCAAUGACAUAAUAUUUAUGAGUUAUACCUUACUUAGUUCAUGAAAUUAUGAAAUGCAUGAUUGACAAUAUAUUUUCAAUUUUUAUUUUUGUCACAUAAUACCAGUACUGUUUAACUAUAACCAGCACUGGCUAAAAUUUUUAUAUUUUCAGAGUCCAAGUUGGUGAAUAUAUUCAUGAUCGAAAUGCCAGAUUCUGAAAGAGUCUAAAUCAACUUUGAAGUGAAUCUGCAAUCAGAUUUCAAAGCUUCUCUGGUAGUUUUAGUGAUAUAAUUUGACAAGACUUUUUCAGAAUUACUAUAUAAGGAGUUUUAACAGAUUUUUAUUAAUGCACAGAUAAAUAGAAGUACAGUGAGAUCUACAGCCAUUUUAUUAAAAUAGCUUAAAAGUUUGUAAUAAAGAUGAAGAAUCUUUGUAAUUACCUAAAUGUUAGUUAAGAACCCAUAAACCUCAUAUUUGCUAGUCUUACAAAAUUAUUUUAAAUGCUUUGUCUUUUUUGACACUUUUCAGUAGAAUAUGUAAGCUAGCUAAUCCUUGUUUUCUGAGUUAAAGUACUUUAAUCCCCCACCCCCAAAAUAAAGGUUUUGAUCAUGAGGAAUAAUUAAGGUUGCUAACUGUGUUUUAGAAGGGCUACUGGUAAUUGCGCAUAAACACGAAAUACUCUCACACACACACCCUGCCACACUCAGGUUCUAGUCAGAAUUCAAAUUUUAGAGAUUUUUUUUAAAAAAGCUUUUUCACUUAUUGGAGGUACAAAAAUUCUUAGGCUUUAGUUUAGAAAUUAUUAAGCAACCAGGAAAAGAUAUACUGAUUUACUAAAAUUGCUUUUUCUACCAUAUCAAAAUAAGGAAUUCAUGCUUUUGCUAUGAGUAGAGUCAGGCUUAUACAUGAGUAGGUGUGAUAAUUCACAGAAUUUUUUAAAAUGGAGUUAAAGGGAAUUAACGUAUACCUUAUGGGUAUUAGGGUGGGAAGGUAAAUCUAAAAUACACUCAUAGUAAUAGUUUAGGUUUAAUACUGUAAAAUCUUUACAAAUGAAAACCAUGAAAUUUCCUGCCUUAGUUCUUUUGUCAUAAAAAACAAUCACUUGGAUAUACGGUAGCUAUUACUUACACAGCAAAAUUUCUUCAGUUAGCAGUCUAGACAUUUUAUAAACUGAGAAAUCUUGGACCAAUUGAUAACAUUUCCAACUGUAUUAACAUUUUAAUGCUAUAAAAUAUUAUGUGAAUCUCUUAAAAUUCUGACAUUCUACAGUCUGUAUUAGACAUGCUGGUUUUGUAAUGUUUUAUUCUGCCUUAAGAUUUAGGUUUUUUUAAAUGUAUUUUUGCCCUGAAUUAAGUGUUAAUUUGAUGAAAACUCUGCUUUUGAAAUCAUCAC